AUGACCGAUCCCAAGACGUUCAGGGAAACUAUCAGACCAACUCUGUACACGAACAUGUUCCUGGGAAUCGGUAUCUUCGAGUUUUCUAACAAAACACGAGUGAAACCGUUCGCGGAGAAGAUCUACGCGUGUUGCUGUCUAGUGAUGAUGGAACUGUGUUAUUACAUGACGGUCACCACCUCCAUGUAUUUUAAACUCCCGCUGCAGGCAGCAGGAUCGAAAAUGGUAAUCCUGAGACCAAUGAUGUGGUACACUGUUAUGUAUCAAUCCGCUUGUUUGAUUGUAAUCAUGGCGAGACGAAAGCCAGAGUUUUCUAUCGCGCAGGUCUUUCGCAAAGUGAUACAUCUUAUAGAAGAGAACGAUCGCAGAAUGGAGGCGAUCGGUUUAUCAAGGGACUAUCGUUCGGUAUACAACUAUCAAAUACGGUCUAUAUGCUGCUUCAUUUUGAUAUUUGUAUGCAGCCAAUUGUACACGUGGCAACGAUCACUGGCCCCAUCACUGCCGCUUUACGUGAAAAUCGUCAAUUGCUUCAGCCUCCAUAUCGUCUCGAUAAUAUGUCUAACCACGAACUUCACGUUCUGCUUUUGGAUCAGGUACGUAUGGUUGAAGUUUGAUCAACUGAACCACUUGUUGAUGAAAAUGAUCGAAGCCCUCGAUCCACCGAAGCAGAAACGAUUUCUCGAGACGACCGAUGAUCUCGAGGUUAAGAGAUCCGAGGAUAACGAUGACGCUCUUCUGUUUGACACAGACACGGUCAAGAAGAUCAAGAAAUCUCAUCUAGCGUUAAUAAGGAUCGCCAAGCAGAUAAGCGCGUUCUAUGGGGUACAAAUUCUUCUGACGUCGACCAUCAUACUCGUUAGACUCGUCAUCCUGUUCUACGUAUGCAACAAAAUGAUGUGGUAUCCGCCGCCUGAUGAUCAAUUAUUGCCCCAGAUAUUAGACCUGAUGUUGUUUUCACUAAUAAACUUGAGCAUGGUUUACAUGGUCCACCAUAUUUGCACGAAGACAAGCUAUAAAGCAGCAGAGACAGGCGAUCUUCUCUGUCGCCUUUACAAUUCGUCGACCACCAUAGAAUUUCGUGACGAGAUACGAAGAUUCACUACUCAGGUUCUGCAGAAUCCGUUGUUGUUUUCGAUAUGUGGACUCGUCGAUUUAGAUGGAUCGUUCAUUUUAAAUGCGCUGGGCAACAUGUUUGGAUACAUGAUCAUGCUGAUUCAAAUGGAGACACAACGACUUAGAACGAGGAUGCAAAAAAACUCCACUGAAGUGUGA